AUGUCCUUGGUUUCCCAGCAUCUUUCAGACAACAACACCAACUCAUUACUUUCAAGCACAGAACUCGAAGACAGCCACGAGGACGAGUCCAGCAACCCCUUCACCGAAGCAGCAUUGAGCAAGCUUCUUGGGGUCUCCGCCAAUUCGUCCCGCCGUUCUAUGGACAGAGGUGCAACACAGUACUCGCAGUCAGGUUUGCACUCACCGUUCCAACACGCGUUCAACGACGCUCAGUCUGAAGAAGAAUCCGCAGAUCACGCGUCUGCUGCGCAUUACACGCCCGAAGUUCGAUCCAACCAAUUCUCGACUUCCGCGACCCCUACUUCCGAGUACGGUAUUUACCCUACUUCGGCGCGCUCAGGUUCUUUUCCAGAACACAUACAACGCCAGUAUCAUCCAUCCAGCAACCACAGCGGUAGCAACGGAGGAGGUAUGGCUCAACCAACAAAUCCAUCCAUUGCUGCGUCCAGCCCAACCUACCCCCAACACAACGGCCAAUAUAGCCCAUACCCUCAACAAGGUGAUAUGUCGCACGGCUAUCCUCAACACCCCGCCGGCGGCGCUAUGUAUACGCAACCUCGACCUGACUGGGCUGGUUACGCCGGAGGACAACACCCCAUGCACGGCGGAUAUCCGGUCAGUGGAGCCCAGACACCUACCUCUGCAGCCCCAGCUGGAGCGCGUCCUGGUCAACUUGCGCAGGUCUACUCGUUCGUCCCCAUUCCCGGUGCUCAGCAACACAAGCGUCCCCGCAGAAGAUAUGAGGAAAUCGAGCGCAUGUACAAGUGCGGCUGGAAUGGGUGUGAAAAGGCCUACGGCACAUUGAACCACCUAAACGCCCAUGUAACCAUGCAAUCACAUGGCCAAAAGCGCACUCCUGAAGAGUUCAAGGAAAUCCGCAAGGAAUGGAAGGCCCGCAAGAAGGAGGAGGAGAACCAACGCAAGGCUGAGGAUGAGCGUGCUAGAGCCACUGUUGUGCCUGCUGAUGGUCAGAACUCGUCCGACAACCCCCCUGCUGGUUACCAACAACCAGGACGAUCUGUUCAACUCCCACCCAUUGGUUACCAACCCGGUGCUCAGGUUCCAGGACAGUACCAGGCUCCAUCCGGCGGCGUUCAACAGCUUCAAGGCUAUGGUGGCGAGAAUCAUCUUCAGUACUCUGGCUACCCAGCAUCUCCAUACGGUGCACCAAACCAGAUAUAA